AUGUACUGCUGGCCUGCCAGUAGCGAUAUGGCAUACCCUAAUACAACACUGUUUUUACAGGCCGUUAGUCCCCCAUACCAGAAGCUACUGGAUGACCAUGAGGUUGGACAAAUUGAGGGCACUAUCGAGCACACGUUCAAGGUCAAGACACUCCUUCGACGCGCCUUUAGCCUUGGGUCAUCCAGCUUUGAGCGAUUAGAAGCCGCUUUUGAGCAAAAGACGGCAACAGUCAACACAAAGAGUGCAUCGAAUGGCGGGAAAUGGCCGGGCAACUUGAAAGCCCCCAAGGCCUUGACAGAUGCGUUUGAGGCAUUGAUAGGGGCUGUACUUAUGGAUUUCGAGUUGAAAAUAAUGGGAUCCAAUACAGCAUUCUUGGUAGCGAUGGUACCUUUGGCCCCAACGCUUUUUGUAGUCGACUCAUCUAUGGAUGGGCACACUCCCACUUUAACCCGACAGUCGCCCCUUCUUGAACCGUGGUUAAGCUUUACCACUGUUCCUGACAAGUCCAAGGCCUGGCGCACUAAUGCCCUCGUCCCCGAUGGUCGAUGGAGAGCCUGCACAGGCAUUUUGGUAGUCACAUCACUCAAGGCUUUUGGCCAAACCCAGUGCUUCAGCAGAAGCAUAGAAGCGGUCGAACGGUUGGAAGCGACUAACUUUCAACCAUUCCCUAGUGGAGCAGCACCGCAGACGUUUCCUAACGGUUGCAACUACUCUACCUUGGGAUAUCUUUUUCAUCUCCUCCUCCUCAUCAGCAUCAACACCAACAUCAAUACCAGCAGCAACAUCCACAGCAAUAUCAUCAAAUCAUCAAUAUCAGCGUCAUCAGAAUCAACAAUAUCAACAUCAUCAAUCAUCAAUCAUCAAUUACCAAUAUCAUCGUCACCAAUAUCAUCGACAUCAACAUCAACAUCAUCACAAUGA